AUGUUAUAUUUGAGAAUUGAAAAUCUUUGUGAUGCUGCCGAACAGAAGGAAGAAGAUGAAUGCUAUGAGGCUUUUCAGUUGCUUCACCUCUCGGCUGCAACCUCUUAUUCUUCUUGGCUUUUAGAGAAAAAACAUCAUGAUAACAACAGCUUUGAAAAUUGUACGAACGAUAUCUUUAAAAGCACAAUUAACAAUGUUUCAAAAAACAAUAUCAUCAAUAGUAAUAACAACAAUACAAAUUCAAUAAUGUAUGAAUGCAAACGUGAUCAGGACCAGUCAGUCAUCACAAAAUCUCAUAAAUAUCGAAAGAUACUAAAACCAAUUCCCACAAGUUUUCACAGUGGUUGCUUGGUGCAAAAUUCACAAAUGAAUUGGUUCGUUUAUGUAUCUGGCUGCAUUCAAAUGAGUGAUCAUCUUGUGGCCGUACAAGUGUUUGAUUUGGACACAAGGACAUGGCUCGAAAUAUUUCGUUUUAACGGAGAAGAUACUGAUGAUGAUGGAGCUGACAACAUUAGUGAUGAAAAUGAAGAUUAUGAGUUUGAAGAAGAAGAAACUCCAGUCCAAACUUGGGGACACUGUGCUUGCUAUUCUCCUCUCACUAAGAGUCUAUAUGUUUUUGGUGGAGCUCAAGACAAUGAUUUCCAAAAUGACAGGCUUAUGGAAUUUUCUUUAAAAGACUGUCGUUGGAAAUGGAGACGUACAAGGAAUGAGUGUGAAUUCAAUGACAACACAUCUCCCAUACAUAGCAAGACUGGCCAGCGAAAGUGA